UUCAAAGCGAGAAGAAGCGACACAUUACGAGAGUUUAUCCACAACGUGACUCAACAUGGCGAACACUACGACUGCAUUAACUGUCGGUGGCGAUAGAACCACAGGCCAAUCUGUUAGAACACAAAAUGUUUUGGCUGCCUGUUCCAUAGCUAAUAUUGUGAAGAGUAGUUUAGGACCAGUUGGUCUUGAUAAGAUGCUGGUAGAUGACAUUGGGGAUGUGACAAUCACCAAUGAUGGAGCCACCAUCUUGAAGCUGUUGGAAGUGGAACAUCCUGCUGCCAAAGUUCUGGUAGAAUUGGCUGAAUUGCAGGAUCAGGAAGUUGGAGAUGGAACCACUAGUGUGGUUAUCAUAGCAUCAGAGCUGUUAAAAAAUGCUGAUGAGCUUGUUAAAGCUAAGAUACAUCCUACCUCUAUCAUAAGUGGCUACAGAUUAGCUUGCAAAGAAGCAGUGCGUUACAUCCAGGAGCACCUUGUUAUUAAUGUGGAUGAUUUAGGUCGAGACUGUAUUGUCAACGCUGCCAAGACUUCUAUGUCCAGUAAAAUUAUCGGACCUGAUUCAGAGUUUUUCUCCAAUAUGGUGGUUGAUGCAGCUACAGCAGUGAAAACCCCUGACGGCAAGGGAGGCUACAGAUAUCCCAUUAAAGCUGUCAAUAUACUCAAAGCCCAUGGGAAGAGCUCAAGGGAAAGCAGGCUGGUUCAGGGUUACGCCUUAAACUGUACUGUUGCUUCUCAAGCUAUGCCAAAGAGAAUAGCCAACCCUAAAAUAGCCUGUUUAGAUUUCAAUCUACAGAAAUCAAAGAUGCAUUUAGGAGUCCAAGUUCUUAUUGAAGAUCCUACUAAACUAGAUGGUGUUAGACAAAGGGAAAUGGACAUCACUAAGGAGAGAAUAGAAAAAAUCUUAAAGGCAGGAGCCAAUGUUAUUUUGACCACCGGAGGUAUAGAUGACUUAUGUUUGAAAUAUUUCGUCGAGGCCGGCGCAAUGGCUGUACGAAGAUGCAAAAAAGCUGAUCUGAAGCGAAUUGCAAAGGCCACAGGAGCCCAGUUCCUCAUGACCCUGUGUAAUCUGGAAGGAGAAGAAGUGUUUGAUGCUUCUAUGUUGGGUCAGGCUGAGGAAGUCCUUCAGGAGAGAAUUUGUGAUGAUGAACUUCUACUCAUUAAAGGGCCAAAGACCAGAUCAGCAGCUUCCCUGAUCCUUCGAGGAGCCAAUGAUUUUAUGCUGGACGAGAUGGAACGAUCCUUACAUGAUGCUUUAUGUGUCGUCAAGAGAGUUCUGGAAUCAAAGUCAGUGGUUGCCGGGGGUGGAGCUGUGGAGGCCGCCCUUUCUAUCUACUUGGAGAACUUUGCUACUUCAUUGUCAUCGAGAGAACAGUUAGCUAUAGCAGAGUUUGCACGGUCUCUUUUGGUCAUCCCUAAGCAACUGGCCGUCAACGCAGCUCAAGAUGCAACAGAUCUUGUUGCCAAGUUACGAGCUUUCCAUAAUAAAUCCCAGACUAAAAAAGACGAUAAUGAAUUAAGAUGGGUUGGAUUAGAUCUGUUCGAGGGAGUUGUCAGGGACAACAAAAAAGCUGGUGUUUUAGAACCUAGCAUUUCAAAAAUCAAAUCGUUGAAGUUUGCCACGGAGGCCGCCAUUACCAUCCUGCGUAUCGAUGACCUUAUCAAGCUGGUCAAUCCAGAACAAGGUGGAAAUUCCUAUGCAGAGGCAUUACGAAGUGGGCAGUUAGAAGGUUAACCUCUGACCCUAUUUCUACAUCAUUUAUUUAACUUAUUUAUCUUCAAUCAUUUCUGAUUUGCUUGAUCCACAAAUUUUCAAAUUUCAUUUUCAUCUUGCAGUCAACUUGUCAUGAUUGUUCUUAAGUUUCAACUGUAAAAUGGUUGCUUCACAUUCAGCUUUGAGAGUCUACGUGUGACUUAAAUGGAGAUUUAAGCUGAAAAUCAUGUUUUUCAUUUUCAUGUACCCUGAAUCGUGUUAAAAAUUCGGUGACUUAUGUUAAAUUUGGUCACAUGUCGAAAUUUCAUUGCCUAGAAGAUGGGCAAUAUCUAUAAGUUAUAUUUGAUUCUUUGCCCUUAAUUUCAUAUUACAAAGAAUAGAGAAUAAGUCUCUCAGCUAAUCAGAAAUGAUCUAAGUUACAUCUGGAUGUCAGGCCCUUGGUUCAGAGUCUUCUGAGCUAAAAAUGGAGCAUUCGCUCCUCGAAUGUACCCAAGCUCUGUAAGAUGUGGAAAGUGGGGCGUAAAAAUCCUCACGAGUUCCCCAGGAACGGUCUGAUAUUUUUAUACUUGCAUCAUAAUGUGCUUUUUCAUCUUUUUUUUCUUUUUUGUAAAUGCUUCUGAACAAAAUAAUAUCAUUUUGUUAUUAAAGAUAUUUCCACAUGGUU